AUGCCAGCGGUGCUUUCUAAAAUUUCCGACUUAUUAAAGUUUUCCUCAAGUAAUUCUAAUAUUGCAAAAAUAAGACAAUUGAUUGAACGAAUAUGGAAUAUAUAUAAAAAUAAUCGGACAACAUUGGGAUGGUCAAUCUGGAUUUUUUCUGUUUAUUUCCUUUAUGUCAGAAAUCGUAAUUCUCCAAAAAAAAAACGCAUUACUAAUGAACAAGAAAGUACCGCUGAAACUGCAAAUGAAGGUGAAAAACCAAAGAGCAGUAAGGUGGAGGUUGAUAGCGUCUUUUUUGAACGAUUGAAAAAGUUGCUCAGGAUUAUAAUCCCGGGUAUAAGAUCAAAAGAAUUAUGGCUUUUGAUUAUUCAUUCAUUCUUCUUAGUGUUCAGGACUAUAUUGUCGGUAUAUGUUGCUGCCUUGGAUGGUCGAAUCGUUAGUGCUUUG